AUGAAUUGCAUGGUCCCUGCUAAGCCCAAGCAGAACAAACCUGUUGGACCACUUAAUGAGUGGGUAGAUGUUGCCUUGAAGGCAGGUGGUGUUAGCUGGGAAGCCUAUGGCAGCAUUUCCAUUGGUCUGUUGUUCUUCAGUGCUGUAAGAGUUCCCCCCACCAGCUCCCUGUGGCCGCAGCAGGUUGUUUCCUGGAGCUUCCUCUCGUUCCAUCCUCGGUUUCAAAAUCCUUUUCGUGGGCACCAGCCUCUAAACACACACCAGAACACUUGCCUGGAACUUGGAAAACUUCAUUUCCGGCUUCUUUGGUGUCAAAGUGGGUUUGACUCCAGCAUUAUUCUGGUUCACUGGAUAGCAGAGCACUGUGGUCACCCCUGCGGGAGGAACACCUCUCUGCCCUUCACCACUCUUCUUUGUCCUGCGUCUCAUCAGAGGGGUCAAAAAUUCAGUAGGGAAGAGGAGCGCUCGCUAUACCAAUGCGAAAUCAUUACAACUGAUCGUACAAGGAACUGCUGUCUCCUCAGAGAAGGCGGUCAGUCGCGGAUUCUGCAGAUUCUGACCUACUCUCUGCUGGCUCUAUAUGACUGUCCUGGGAACAGGCCAAUGCUUUUGCAGGUACACAGACCAGUAAAUCAGUUUUCGGGUCUAUUAAUACCCAGGGGCUGCAUUCUGCGGGAGAGGGGCCAAACGGCUCCUGAGAGACGCCUCGAAGCAUUAGCUGCGCCUAUCGGGUUCCCCACAACCCCAGCAGCCUUCAAAUCCCCCUCUCCCUGCCUUCCCCCCCCUCCCGAAACCAAGACCCGCAGCACCAAGGCAAGGAGGAGAAGAGCAGCAGCUGCCCCCGCCGGGCACGAAGCAGGAAGAGAAACGCGCACACACACCAAGAUGAUGUAAUUAAACAUCCUCCUUCCCUCGCCGCUUGGAAAUUCUCCAAGUAUACCCAACCCCUUCAAUUUACAAAACAAACGACCCAGUGUCGUUAGCACAGCCUGCAGAAUUGCUUAAUUUGCAUAAUGCAGGCAAUCUACUGCAGAUUUAGCUGUUGCAAGUUGUCCUCACUCAGGACGCUGCGGUGUAAGGUGCAGCGCUAUUGUUUAAGGUGUGGUUUUUAUCCACAUUUGGAGCUGUAUUUUGUUGGUGGGAUAAAGGCAACAGAACAUUUUCUACCACUACUAUUGUUAGCAGUGCUUUAAUCACGGUACUUUGAAACCUAAACCUGACUUCGAGCAGCUCACAAAAGGUCACCCUCAGAAAUCUUAUGGAAAGUUGGCAUCCGCGCAGCCCUUUACAUACAUUUACACACAGGGCACAGAACGUUUUUAAUUGAGUUAGAAGCCCAUCAUUCAACGUUCAGUCACAAGGCUGGAGAAAGGCAAGUGAUCUCUACCAUAUAUAAUGCAUUAGCUAAUUAAAGUGAAUUUCCCAGUGUCUUUGAAAAGAGGAGGCAGCAUAACUGCGGUGCUGCACAGGAGGCAGCACAGAGGGGGACAGGGGGACACCACGCUACACACUGAGCUCACUCCGCACUCGAUGCUCCCAACGGGAUCUGAGAUUUCUCAGAGGGACCUGUCAGAGAAGUGACCAGUUUUGGGUGACCCCCACUUCCCUCAGCACUUGUGAGAACUCCUGUUACAUUGACUAAAAUCCUUAACCUUGAACUUUUCCUGAGGCUGCACUAAGAUGACACAGCAGAGAAGUCAGCGUUGCUCGGAUUAUACUGACCUGAAGCAUUGCAUGUAGCAGGGAUUCCUCACUCAGUCUGACCAGCCAUCCACUUGGGCUUCCUAACUGAAAAAUAGUAAUUCAAACCACACAUCCUUUCCGAUGCCCAGUUUUCUCCAUGGUACCACACCUACUACUGGGUUUGUUUCACCAUCCAAUUUUCUUUUUUUGCCCUGUGUGACUGGCUUUGGGGCAACAACAUGUUCCAAAGCUGAUGAAUCUUUCAGCAUCUUCAAAACAUGCUGUCAUAACACUUCUGCCUUCUGUUUUAUGCCAACUUAGUCAUUUAAAUAAGUCUUACCUGUGAUUUCUCCAAUCAGCAUCCAAGAUGGACAACAGCAGCACCUGCUUAAAACAGCAGCAGGGACUUUACAAGGAACUCUGCUCUGAAAUAUUUUCAUUACACUGAUAAAAUAUUUUUGCUACGGAGGUCUUGGUUUGUUUUUUUGUUGUUCUGUUCUUGUUUUCAAACUAAUGCCAGGAAGGGAGCUCAGUCAGCUGGUGUUCAUGCAGAACUACAGACCCCUGAAGGGAAGCUGGGGGUGGACGUUGAGAAGAUCUUUCACGAUUCCUUUCUUGUCUCCCGCCCUUGGUCCAGCUCCCGCCUUGGUCACUUCUGUCACGUGCCAGAUGUUGGACAAAUGAGAAGAAUGAAGAAAUCACUUUUGUAACAAAAUUUAUUUUUGCUCUGUGGAUACAAAUCCCAAACAUCAACAAACAAAUUCCAGUGGAAAAAUACCAGUCAUUAACAAUGAAAACUUUUAUUAUUAUUUAAUAAAUAGAACUUUGGCAUUCAAAA